AUGCCUAUUCCUCCUCAUACUCAUCCUACAGGAGCCUUAAUGUCUAUUCCUCCUCAUACUCAUCCUACAGGACCCUCCAUGUCCAAUCCUCCUAAUACUCAUCCUACAGGACCCUCCAUGUCUAUACCUCCACAUUCUCAUCCUACAGGACCCUCCAUGUUUAUUCCUCCCCAUAGUCAUCCUACAGGUCCCUUCAUGUCUAAUCCUCCUCAUAAUCAUCCUACAGGUCCCUUCAUGUCUAUUCCUCCACAUACUCAUCCUACAGGACCCUCCAUGUCUAUUCCUCCUCAUACUCAUCCUACAGGACCCUUCAUGUCUAAUCCUCCUCAUACUCAUUCUACAGGACCCUCCAUGUCCAUUCUUUCCCAUUCUCAUCCUACAGGACCCUCCAUGUCCAUUCCUCCCCAUACUCAUCCUACAGGACCCUCCAUGUCUAAUCCUCCUGAUACUCAUUCUACAGGACAAUCCAUGUCUAUUCCUCCCCAUAGUCAUCCUACAGGACCCUCCAUGUCCAUUACUUCCCAUACUUAUUCUACAGGACCCUCCUUGUCCAUUCUCUCCCAUACUCAUCCUACAGGAUCCCCCAUGCCUAUUCCUCCUCAUACUCAUCCUACAGGAGCCUUAAUGUCUAUUCCUCCUAAUACUCAUCUUACAGGACCCUCCAUGUCUAUUCCUCCUCAUACUCAUCCUACAGGACCCUCCAGACCCUCUAUGUCUAUUCCUCCUCAUACUCAUCCUACAGGACCCUCCAUGUCUAUUCCUCCCCACAGUCAUCCUACAGGACCAUUUAUGUCUAAUCCUCCUCAUACUCAUUCUACAGGACCCUCUAUGUCUAUUCCUCCUCAUACUCAUCCUACAGGACCCUCCAUGUCUAUUCCUCCUCGUACUCAUUCUACAGGACCCUCUAUGUCUAUUCCUCCUCAUACUCAUCCUACAGGACCCUCUAUGUCUAUUCCUCCUCAUCAUACUCAUCCUACAGGACCCUCCAUGUCUAUUCCUCCUCAUUCUUAUCCUACAGGACCCUCUAUGUCUAUUCCUCAUCAUACUCAUCCUACAGGAUCCCCCAUGUCUAUUCCUCAUCAUACUCAUCCCACAGGACCCUAUAUGUCUAGUCCUCCUCAUACUCAUCCUACAGGACCCUCUAUGUCUAUUCCUCCUCAUACUCAUCCUACAGGACCCUCCAUGUCUAUUCCUCCUCAUUCUCAUCCUACAGGACCCUCUAUGUCUAUUCCUCCACAUACUUAUCAUACAGGACCCUCCAUGUCUAUUACUCCUCAUUCUCAUUCUACAGGACCCUCCAUGUCUAUUCCUCCCCAUAGUCAUCCCACAGGACCCUUCAUGUCUAUUCCUCCUCAUACUCAUCCUACAGGACCCUUCAUGUCUAUUCCUCCUCAUUCUCUUCCUACAGGACCCUCCAUGUCUAUUCCUCCUCAUACUUAUCCUACAGGACCCUUCAUGUCUAUUCCUCCUCAUUCUCUUCCUACAGGACCCUCCAUGUCUAUUCCUCCUCAUACUUAUCCUACAGGACCCUUCAUGUCUAUUCCUCCUCAUUCUCAUUCUACAGGACCCUCCAUGUCUAUUCCUCCCCAUAGUCAUCCCACAGGACCCUUCAUGUCUAUUCCUCCUCAUACUUAUCCUACAGGACUCUCCAUGUCUAUUCCUCCUCAUUCUCAUUCUACAGGAUCCUCCAUGUUUUUCCUCCUCAUUCUCAUCCUACAAGACCCUUAA